CUAACCCUAGCCCUAAAUUCUCUUUUUCUUUCCUCUUCUUCUCUGGGGCAGCGCUUGCGCCAUGGUUGUGAGAGCUGCUCUUCACCGGCGCCUGGGCCAAUACAAGGCUCAAGCCCGUGGAUUUCACGCCUCCACGCCGUUUAGCCAAGCCGUUCCAGCGCUGAGAACCCCCAGCAAAGGAUGGCUGUCUUGGCUUUUCCGUGAGCCACUGCCAACGCUCCCAGCUCUCUACGAGGCUUUACCGGAGGUAAAUUUGCCUCCUUCCUUGGAGGACACUGUGGAACCUUCGGGAACUCAAAUCUCUUCGCUCAACAACGGUGUGAGGAUAGCUUCGGAGCAAAUAGCAGGCCCAACUGCGACUCUCGGGAUUUACGUAGACUCUGGUAGCAUCCAUGAAGACGCUUCCAAUUCCGGGGCCACGCAUCUGUUGGAGCGCAUGGCCUUCAAGUCCACACACAACCGCUCGCACUUCCGGUUGACGCGAGAAGUGGAAGCAAUCGGAGGAAAUAUCAUGGCUUCGGCAACACGGGAACAAAUGGCCUAUACUGGAGACACCAUCAAGACUUACAUGCCUCAGAUGGUCGAAUUGCUCGUGGACAGUGUUCGCAAUCCCGCUUUCCACGGCUGGGAAGUACACGAACAGGUCGACAAAAUCAAGGCGGAGCUGGCUGAAAUGUUCAAUAAUCCUCAAAGUAUUCUACUGGAGGCACUGCAUUCUGCCGGUUAUAGCGGCCCCAUUGGACACCCUUUACUGGCUUCCGAAUCUGCGCUAUCUAAGCUAGAUGGCGCAACUCUUACGGACUUCGUGAGGAAUAACUUCAUUCCUCGUCGCAUUGUGUUGGCUGCCUCUGGAGUAGAUCAUGAAGAACUCAUGGCAGUAGCCGAACCUUUGCUCACCGAUUGGCCUUCUGGGAAAGGUGUUGAUUGUGGACCUUCCGAGUAUAUUGGUGGAGACUGGCGUGGCACUGCCGAUUCACCGACCACACAUAUUGCUCUUGCCUUCGAAGUUCCCGGCGGCUGGCGCAACGAGCACGAUUCAUUCGCUGUUACUGUUUUGCAAACACUACUUGGAGGAGGUGGCUCGUUCUCGUCUGGGGGACCUGGGAAGGGGAUGUAUUCUCGUCUAUAUACGCGUGUCCUGAAUCACUACGACAAAGUGCAGUCCUUCACUGCCUUCAACAGUAUCUACAAUGACACCGGAAUAUUUGGAAUUCAUGCGACUUCGACCUCCGACUUCGUGCCCAACCUUAUCGAUCUGGCAACAGACGAGCUCACGACUGUCGCUACGGCUGGUGAAGUGACGGAGGAGGAAUUGGAGCGCGCCAAGAAUGCAACAAUAUCCGCUGUUCUCAUGAAUCUCGAGUCACGGGUCGUUGUCACGGAAGAUAUUGGAAGGCAAAUUCUCACAUACGGCAAGAGGAAGCCUAUCCAGGACUUUAUCAGUGCUGUCCAGGGAUUGACGUUGGAAAACAUCACGUCCACUGCGAGUAAAUUGCUUUCGUCGCCGCUCACAAUGGCUUCUUGGGGAGAUGUCGUCCAUGUUCCAAGAUACGAAGAAGUUGCGAGGAGAUUCAAGAAGUAGAGAGGGACUGGCGCUUUUUGGCAACCAAAAUAAACUUUCAAAGGGAGAAAGGGACGGUGAAGAAAAGAAAGCAAGUGCUCGGCGAGAAAUAAACGUCAAAAACUUUGUAUCAAUUGUGAGAACAUUUUUUCUUUUUUCUUUGCCAUGCUUGUCUCUCUCAUUUGACGAGAUUUGACCUGUUUGACCGAGUUGGAA